GAACACCCAUCAUCGUUGUGCUCGUGUAAAUACCGACGGUUAAGUUCUGUUAGACGGUUUCGAGUUUCUAUUUUCGAUUUACUUAUAUCACUCGAUAAGAACUUAAAAUUAACAAACUGCUUUAUAUUUAUUUUCGUACCAAGAUGUUUUAGAUAUGAAGUAUUUCUUUCCUUCUUAUAGUUUUUGUAGAUUAAUUUUCUCAUACAAGGUAGUCCAAUCUUCUCGUGCGAUGUCUCAGUGUGCUAAAGUAUUUGUUAAACAUAUUGAAGAUGAAAGCAAAAUGAAAAUAUAUUUCAGUUUAGCCCUUCCAGAUCUACCAGAAAGAACGUUUACAUUUUUGCGCUCUAAAGAGGAAAAACUUGAAGUAACCAUAAGUCGGAUGAAGCUUAAAAUUCUUGAAGCUGUUAAUAAUAAAUUAAAUAAAAAAAAGAAAAAGAAAAUUUCUGAAAUUGUAGACGAGAAUGAUUGUCAGUUUUCUUUGAAUUUAUCUCUUUUGAAAGACGGAAAAGUAAUUGACAAUGAAUUGAGAAAUAUGGAUGCUUGGACCGAAAACGCACAAUUGAAAAUUAAUGAUCAUGUUUAUAAAAUUGCAGAAAAUCCACCUUCUGUGUUACAUCUUAGCCUUCCCAAAAGUAUUAUGUCUGGCUUUCCGGUUUAUCCAAAAGUUGAAUUGGAGUAUUGCUCUAAAGAACAAUGUGAUUUCACAUGGUACAGAUCCAUUACAAAGGCAGAAAAACCGUCUUUAGAUAUGAAUAAAAUUCUGAAUAUAAAAAAUGAAAAUUGGUUAAUAUUAUCAAAAAAUUACUUUUAUAUCACAAGUGAGUCUGAUGUAGGCUGUAAAUUGAGAGUUUCUUGUGUACCAAAAAGCGGAGAGAAAAUUGGUUUAGAAGAAAUAGCUGUGUCAACUAAUCCAAUUCAAGCUGGCCCUGAAAAGUGUCCCUUUGAGCAACGACAUGAAUUUACUAAAAACUUAACAGAACCUGGAAUUUUACGUUGUGUUUCAUACAAUAUCCUUGCUGAUCUCUAUGCUGAUUCUGAAACUGCACGUACUUCAUUAUUCCCAUACUGUCCAGCCGAAUAUUUGAUGCUUGAUUAUAGAAAACAAUUGUAUUUAAAAGAAAUAAUGGGGUAUAAUGCUGACAUGAUAUGUUUGCAAGAAGUAGAUCGUAAAGUGUUUUAUGGCGAUUUAGUUCCUGUGUUAACAUCAACUGGUUUAGAAGGUAUUUAUAGUGAGAAAGGGGGACAAGUUGUUGAAGGUCUCUCAUUAUUCUACAGAACUUCAAAAUUUAAAGUUGUUGAAUUUCAAGCAAAAAUUUUGAGUGAUGCUGUUGUUAAUGAACCCAUUUUGAAGCCUAUACAUGAUAAACUAAUUGAAAAUGAAAAGUUAAAGGAAAGAUUUAUGAAUAGAACUACUGCAAUUCAGGUAGUUCUGCUGGAAAGCAUUGAUGUUCCUCAAAAACGAAUUUUAGUUGGCAACACUCAUUUGUACUUUCAUCCCGAUUCUGAUAAUAUUAGACUGCUGCAAGCAACAUCUUGUAUUAUGUAUCUGGAGGACCUAUUGAUAAAAUAUCAAAAAGAGAAUCCUUCGUAUACUACUAGUUUGAUACUGUGUGGGGAUUUUAACAGCUGCCCUGAAUUUGGAGUCUAUAAAUUCAUGACUGAAGGUUAUUUGAAGGAAGACUGUAUUGAUUGGCAGAGCAAUCCAGAAGAAAUAGUUCCAGGUAUACAGCUCAAACAUUCACUAUCGAUAGCCAGUGCUUGUGGUACUCCAACCUACACAAAUUACACAGAAGGAUUUGUCGGAUGUUUAGAUUAUAUAUUUUAUAAUAAAGCACAUUUAGAAGUUAAGGAAGUGGUACCACUUCCAGAUCAUGAACAGGUUAUAAAAUAUAAAGCGUUACCAAAUAAAGUAUUCCCUUCUGAUCAUAUAGCAUUAGUAUGUACUUUAGGAUGGAAAUAACACUUUUUAAAUAAAUAAAUAAAUUUUAUUCUUCCAUUUUUA